CAGUUAGUUCAUCCAUUGAAUUUCUAUUUUCAAACAGAGAAUAAUGGCAGAAAUUGACUUGUUAUUAAUUGUUAGUCUUCUUGGGCUCUUCAAGUUCAGUCAUGGCGAAGUAUUUCUCCAAAGUGAAAAAGCAAACAGCGUCAUACAAAGGCAGAAAAGAGCCAACAGGGUUUUUGAAGAAAUGAAACCAGAUAAUUUAGAAAGAGAAUGCAUUGAGGAAAGAUGCUCCUAUGAAGAGGCACGAGAAAUAUUUGAAAACAAGGACAUCACGACUGCAUUUUGGAAUAAAUAUUUGGAUGGAAACCAGUGUGACUCUAAUCCUUGCCAAAAUGAAGGGGAGUGUAAGGAUGGUAUGGGCUCCUAUGCCUGUUGGUGUCAACCAGGCUUUCAAGGCAAGAACUGUGAAAACGAACUGGUAAAAUUAUGCAGUUUGGAUAACGGAAAAUGUCAUCAUUUCUGCAAAAUGGAUUCAGGAAGAGGAGUGAAGUGUACAUGUGCCCCAACCUACAAGCUCCAUGCUGAUCAACAUUCCUGUAUCCCUGCUGUGGAACAUGCAUGUGGACGAAUAGCACCAAUCUACGCUGUGCGAUCUCUUGAUACCAAAUCCGUGCCAGAUUCUGAAACUACCAGCACUGUCCCAGUCAACGCAUCUCUACAUAACAUGACAGAUACUCCGCACAGUAAUAACAUCGAGGCUGUUUCCAAUACCAGUAACAGUACAGCAGCCACUAAUUAUACCCACGUUAAGAUAUCAACAGCAGACAAUGCCAGAAUCGUUGGUGGUGAAGAGUGUCCCAAGGGACAGUGCCCUUGGCAGGCCUUGUUACUGGAUGAUUCUAAGAAGGAGGGGUUCUGUGGUGGAACCAUCUUGAGUGAAAAGUGGGUGAUUACAGCUGCACAUUGUUUUUAUUACCCUGUGACAUUUCGGGUUGUCGUUGGUGAGCACAACGUUGACAAAAUUGAACAGACGGAGAUGUACCACGAGGUGGAGAAAGUGGUGAUGUAUCCAACAUACAAUUCCAGUCGGAGCCGGUAUGACCACGACAUUGCAUUAAUCCUGCUGAAAACACCGAUACAGUUCAAUAGCUUGGUCAUCCCCAUCUGUGUCCCUGAGAAACGCUUUGCCGAAAAGGUGUUAAUGUCACAAGCUUAUGGGAUGGUUAGCGGCUGGGGCCAGCUCGCUGACAAGGGACCCACUGCAGUACUACUUCAGAAAAUCGACAUCCCUUAUGUCGAUCGCAGUAAAUGCAAAGACUCCAGUAAAUACAGCGUCACUGGGAACAUGUUCUGUGCCGGAUACCCAGAUGGAAGUAAAGAUGCAUGUCACGGAGACAGUGGGGGUCCUCAUGUCACAAACUACAAAAAUACAUGGUUUUUAACAGGCAUUGUUAGCUGGGGUGAUGGUUGUGCAGUUUCUGGAAGAUACGGCUUUUACACCAGAGUAUCACGGUAUUACAGUUGGAUUAAAAACACAAUCGGGUACUGAAUGAAGUGGAACAGGACAGUGUUAAGAGCAUGCAGAUUCGGUAAGUGGGAGCUUUCCAAAUAGAAUAUAUAUAUACCAGACAUAUAAAAGUUUCUUACUGACAGGAGAAUGUGUGAAACCUGCAGCUUGGAACAAAAUAAUACAUUAAAUCUUUGGAGUUGCUUACAAGCAUUUAUCAAUCAGUUUUUAGAACUAAGCUUCGAACUUAACUCAGGGCUGUUCUUUGCUAAUAAAUGGAAUUUCUGCCUACAA